UUGCUGUCGUUUGGUUGGUCUUCCGCAGCGUUAUAGCUUAUAUUUUGGAGAUUCACCUUCCAGAACAGCAAUGGCUCAGAGUGGGGACAGACUUGUUAAACGUGGUAUCUCAUGGAGACAUAGAGAAAUAAUGGAUCUUCUGCACUUCUGGGGAGAGGAGAAGAUCCAAGAGGCCCUAAAGAACACCCAUCGAAAUCUGGACUACUUCGAAAGAAUAUCAGAGCAGAUGGCAACCCGGGGCCAUAGGCGAUCGGCUCUGGAGUGCCGCUCCAAAACUAAGACCAUGCAGCUAGAAUAUAAAAAGGUUGUGGCACAUAAUGGAAGGUCUGGAAAUGCACCCAUCACUUGUCCAUACUACAGAGAGCUGGAAAGCAUUCUUCGUGGUGACGCCAGCGUUAAGCCAAAACGACUUGCAAGAAGUAUGAUUCUACAAGUGAUGGGUCAGGUGCGACCUGAACCCUUGGUGCUCCAGGCAGGAUCGGAGGAGCUGUUCUCACACGAGCUGGAAACCAUCAAUGUGGUCGACAUCAGGAUGUCCUCCCCUUGUCAUUCAGGAAUGCCCAAUAACACCGGAGAUGAAAACAACAGUGAUGUGGAACAUGAGCUGGAUGUCACACCUGACGGUCUGCUAGAACACGAGACCAGUGAUGUCUGCAUAAGCACUCCCACUGAUGUGUCUGAAAAGGAAAACAACCGUCCCUCACCUGGUGCAAACUCAGAAGGAACCCCCACAAGGACAAUGGUGGAACUGUCGCCUGGAACACGGCUAGCAAGAAUCAGGUCUAGGAAAAGGGGUGGAUCUGCAAUCCACAAUGCUGCAGACCGAUUUCUGACACAGGCCUCUGAGGAACAUCAGGAAGAGAUGGAGCAUCGCAGGAGGGAACAAGAGGAGACCAGGAAAUGGCGUGAAGAGGAGGGACGCCGGCACAAUGAUUUUCUUCUGGAGACCAGAAUGGAGCGCCAAAUGUUCCAAGAGGCCUGGUCAGAAAACAUUGAUGUGAUGCGAUCAUGUGUGGGAACGCUUAGAGAGUUAGGGAACGCCAUUACACGUCAACAGCAGCAAGUUUCCCAACAGUUGGUCCCUGUCACUGUGCAGGAGUGCUCCUCUGACUUAGGCAGAAAGGGGGCACCCAAGAGAUCUUGUGUGGGAAAAGCAAGGGAUCGUUUCACACCAUAGGAUCACACAUUUGGAACCACUGGUCAGUUCUUGUUUACACCAAAGAACGUCCACUUUAUUUUCCAGGGCACUGUGUGAUCAUUGUUAUCAAGAAAGAAAAACCACACCAGUCACUGAUAUGUUCAACCUUUUGGGGGGGGGGGGUUCAACUGAAAAUGUUUAAAUUUGAAAAUGUUCCACACAUGCACCGUAUUUUCUCAAGUCAAGUAAAACUAUAUACAACGAUCAGUCCCAUAAAAU